AGCUACCUGACCAAACUCUGGGGACAGAGAGAGAGUGUGAAAGAGGUAGAGAAAGCCAGGAACAAAGGCAGAGAGUGAGAGAAACACAGACAAAAAGAGCUCUGUGUGGAGGGAAAAGGGGAAAGAGAAAGGAACAGGUGGACCAGAGAUUUGAGCUAGGCAGCUGUUGGGGGGUUGGGCAGUGGGUGGACUCUGAGGAACAGGGGUGUGCUCAGAGCUGUUCUUGACAGGUCGGACAAGUUUCUCCCCACAAUACCUGUCGCUCUCACUUUCUUAAACACACCAGUUGGCAGGAAAAGGAAGUGAAGCAGAAAAGGGCUGAAGAAAAAGCGGGAGAGUUUUCCAGUCAUUUAGAAGUUGACUACCAGAAAGGAAUUUAAAGAUGCCUGAGCAGCAACCCUAUUACGGAAAGAAUGGUGAACCAAAAAAGUAUGACCCCACCUUCAAAGGCCCCAUCUAUAACAGGGGCUGCACUGACAUUGUAUGCUGCAUCCUCUUCAUUAUUUGCAUACUGGGCUAUGUUGCAGUGGGAAUUCUUGCCUGGUCCCAAGGAGACCCCAGGAAGGUGAUCUACCCCACAGACAGCAGAGGACAGUUCUGUGGGCAGGCAGGCACACCUCUGGAGACGAAGCCCCUGCUGUUCUACUUCAACAUCAUGAAGUGUGCCAGUCCCAUGGUGCUGCUGGAGUUUCAGUGUCCAACCACACAGAUGUGUGUGGAGAAAUGCCCUGAUAAGUUCAUGACGCUCCUGAAGGCCUACACCAAUAAAGAGGAUUUUAAGUAUUAUAAGAACUUCUGCAAGGAGGGUCUAGAGGGGCUGACUGUAACACAGAUCCUGAGUUCUGGCCUGUGUCCUGCCAUGCUGACGCCAAGUAAACCCUUCACCCGUAGGUGCUUCCCUGCCCUGGGCCAGAAGAAGGGAGGGGAGAUCACCGUGGGAAAUAACUCUAAGUUUGAUGAUGGGGAGGGGAACAUUAGAGAUGCCAAAGAUCUGGUGGCGGGGGUCAAGAAUGCCACAGUGGUCAUUGAAGCUCGACAAGUGGCCAUGAAGAUCUUUGAGGAUUACACCCAGUCCUGGUACUGGAUCCUAAUAGGGUUGGUGAUUGCCAUGCUCAUCAGUCUCCUCUUCAUCGUCCUCCUGCGCUUCCUGGCUGGGAUCAUGGUUUGGGUCAUGAUCGUCAUGGUGAUUCUGGUCAUUGGAUACGGUAUCUUCCACUGCUCCAUGGAGUAUGUUAGCCUGAAGUCAGAGGCAGGCUCUAAUGUCACUCUAAAGGACCUGGGCUUCCAGACAGACUUCUCUGUGUACCUGCAUAUCAGACAGACCUGGCUGGCUUUCAUUAUUAUUCUGGCCAUUGUGGAGGUCGUCAUCAUUUUGCUGCUCAUCUUCCUCAGGAAUAGAAUCCUCAUCGCUAUCGCUCUCAUCAAAGAAGCCAGCAGGGCCAUUGGGUAUGUGAUGUCAGCCCUGUUUUACCCCUUGUUCACCUUUGCCCUCCUAUCCAUUGUCAUCGCCUACUGGGCCGUGACCGCUGUGUUCCUGUCCACCUCCAAUCAGCCCAUCUAUAAGGUGUUCAAUGAGACGGCCUGCGAUCACUCCAGGAAAAUCUGCGAGCCAGCUAACUUCAGCACCUCCAGUAUGAAGGCGGAGUGCCCAGACUCCAAGUGUCUGUUUGCCUUCUACGGUGGAGAGACGGUAUACCACAAGUACCUGAUUGGCCUGCAGUUCUACAACGUCUUCCUGUUCUUCUGGUGUGCCAACUUUGUGACAGCACUGGGUCAGAUGACCCUGGCUGGGGCCUUUGCCUCCUACUACUGGGCCUUGGUCAAGCCUGACGACAUGCCUGCCUUCCCCAUCUUCUCAUCCCUUGGCAGAUCACUCAGGUAUCACACAGGUUCCCUGGCGUUUGGCUCGCUCAUCCUCUCCAUCAUCCAGAUCAUCAGGGUUCUGCUGGAGUACAUUGACCACAAGCUACAAGGAACCCAAAAUAAGUGCACAAAGUUCCUACUGUGCUGUCUCAAGUGCUGCUUCUGGUGCCUGGAGAAAUUCAUCAAGUUCAUCAACAGAAAUGCCUACAUUAUGGUGGCGAUAUAUGGCAAGAACUUCUGCACGUCUGCCAAAGAUGCCUUCUUCCUCCUUAUGAGGAACAUGAUCAGGGUAGCUGUCCUGGACAAGGUGACAGACUUCCUCUUGUUCCUGGGCAAACUCCUCAUUGUGGGGCUUGUGGGAAUCUUUGCGUUCUUCUUCUUCUCUGGGAGGGUGAAGGCCUUUGAGAACACAGCGCCCAACCUCCACUACUACUGGGUUCCCAUCCUGACAGUGGUGGUUGGUUCCUACCUUAUUGCCCACGGCUUCUUCAGUGUGUACGCCAUGUGUGUGGACACACUCUUCCUCUGCUUCUGUGAAGACCUGGAGAGAAAUGAUGGCUCUCUGGCAAGACCGUAUUACAUGUCAGCUUCGCUCCAUGACAUUCUGUCGGAGAACAAGGCUGUGGAGGAGACCGAGGAGCCAACCCAGUCCUCGCCACAUCAGCCAGAUGACCAACACGUCCAGCUGAAACAAUAGCAGCCGCCGAUGCAGGGGAAAGACCAGGACGUUUAGGAGUAGUCAUAGCAAAGACACUGUGGACGAGAUCUCCACCUGCAGAUCUGUCUUGUAGAAAUGGGCAUGCUACUACUGUUCAUGAUUGGUAGAUUGACAUCAAGGCCUGAAUUUGGACAAGUCAACUGCUUGACCAGUGUCUUUCCUUCUCCCUAUAGAAGUGUGUGUGUGUGUGUGUGUGUGUGUGUGUGUGUGUGUGUAUAUAUAUAUAUAUAUUGUGCUCUUAAUGGUUGGAGUUGGCAAAUGAUAGUUGUUUCAUUGAUUUGGAAAAAAGACACUGACCCAUAAACAAUGCUAGGAAUUCCACUGAUGUUUUAGUGAACAUGUUGCAGUUCUUACAUUGUUGCUAGAAGGAAAACACUGUCAGCCAUAGGAAACAAUGUGCCUAAUUGACUAACUAUCCAUUUUGGUCUGAUGUAUUGAACCUCCUACAGAUAUCACAUUUGUUUACACUUAAAGCAUUCAAAAGAUCUCUGCAAUGCUUCCAUCAUUAGUAUUACUGAUAUCAGUGCAUUAUUAAAAUGUGAUCUUUUCAAUGAUCUAUAAAAGCCAUAUGUAGUUUUGUAUAUACUGAAAUGUAUUUCUUAGUUCCGCUUGUGAGGGAAACGACUCAAUUUUUUGUUCUGUAAAGCAAUGCAAUCAGAUCCCUCAUUGCCUUGAAAUAUUUGCCUGUCAGCAAGGUCUGUUUGAUGCACUGCCCUGGAGACUCCUAGGAUCUAUGAGCAUUAACUGAAUGCAGUUUCUCUUUUCUCUCUCUCUUGUGCUAUUGUGCAUGUUGGUAGUAUGUCUGCUAGUGAUUAAAGCUGCCAGUCUUUCUGUUA